AUAUAAGUAAGAAACAAGACUCCAGCUAGUUGCGGAUAGCCGGGACGCCACUCUAUCGAGGCUCCUUUCAUCAAUUCAUAUCAAAACGCUCCUCGUUCCUACAACACUUCAUAUACACCCCCUAGUCUGGUCACAGACACGCAACGACCAUCAUUCGGACCCUCUAGCAACCCACAGCGCCGAUCGACGAUCGGAACCACCACCACCAUCUGGCACGCGAUGUGGCCCGGUGUCGGUCCUUGGCCGCCGGCGUCCGUCGUCGGCUCCGUCACGGCGGCGCUGCUCGCCGCCGCCGUCAUCGCGCGGCACUUCAUCCCUCGCCUGUGGUCGUCAUCAGGAAUAAUUAAGCCACGACGGGGGACGGCGAGUGGCGCGGCCGGAUCAGCAGCGCGGGUCCCCGCCGGCUCGCUCGGGUGGCCACUCCUCGGCGAGACGCCGGCGUUCAUCCUCGCCGCGUACUCCCCGCGCCCGGAGUCCUUCGUGGAGAGGCGCCGGCUCCUGUACGGGAAGGUGUUCACGUCGCACCUGUGGGGCUCGCCGGCGGUGGUGAGCUCGGACCCGGAGGUGAGCCGCGCGGUGCUGCAGGCGGACGCGUCGGCGUUCGUGCCGUGGUACCCGCGGUCGCUCAUGGAGCUCAUGGGGCAGUCCUCCAUCCUGGUGCUCGGCGGCGCGCUCCAGCGCCGCCUGCACGGCCUCGCCGGCGCCUUCCUCAAGUCGCCGCAACUCAAGGCGAGGGUCACCGCCGGCAUGCAGCGCCGCGUCGGCCGCGCCAUGGACGCCUGGCGGCGGCGCAGCAACGGCGGCGGCGGCGCGCCGACCGUAGUGCGCGUCCAGGACGAGGCCAAGUCGAUUGUGUUUGAAAUCCUAGUGAAGGCGCUGAUAGGGCUAGAUGAAGGACACGAAAUGCAGUACCUCAGGCAACAAUUCCAGGAGUUCAUUGCCGGUUUGAUAUCACUUCCCAUCAAGCUUCCGGGGACUCAGCUCUAUAGAUCCCUCAAGGCUAAGAAGAGGAUGACAAAGCUGAUACAAAAGAUCAUCCAAGAGAAGAGGAGAAAAAGGAUCAUCACCGAAGGCGAGGAUCCGCAUGGGGCUACUCAUCCACGAGACAUGAUCGACGUGCUGUUGGGCAAUGGCAGCGACGAGCUCACCGACGAGCUGAUAUCCGACAACAUGAUCGACUUCAUGAUCCCAGCCGAGGACUCGGUGCCCGUGCUCAUCACGCUGGCUGUCAAGUACCUCAGCGAAUGCCCACUGGCUCUACAGCAGCUGGAGGAGGAGAACAUGGAGCUGAAGAGGCGGAAAUCUGAAACCCUAGAAUGGACAGACUACAUGUCGCUCACCUUCACACAGCACGUGAUCACGGAGACGCUGCGGAUGGGCAACAUCAUCAACGGGAUCAUGCGGAAGGCGGUGCGGGACGUGGAGGUGAGGGGUCACCUCAUCCCCAAGGGCUGGCGCGUCCUCGUCUACUUCCGCGCCGUCCACCUCGACGCCGCCGUCCACGGCGACCCGCACGCCUUCAACCCGUGGAGGUGGAAGGAGAGGGCCGACGUGACGACCGGCGGCGGCGGAGGCGGCUUCACCCCCUUCGGCGGCGGGCAGAGGCUCUGCCCGGGGCUGGACCUGGCCAGGCUCGAGGCCUCCAUCUUCCUGCACCACCUCGUCACCGACUUCAGGUGGGUGGCGGAGGAGGACGCCGUCGUCAACUUCCCCACCGUGCGGCUCAGGCGAGGGAUGCCAAUCGCAGUCACGCCCAGAACGUGAUGAACACAGUUUUAUUUCCCCAGCAGGAAUUCAAGCUCCAGUCGUCGUCUGUCCAAAUGUUUGACUGGAAUAGUUUGAAAGCAUAAAAGAAAACUCAUGCUCUGUAAUGUAAAAGUACUGCUCCACCUGCAACCAUUUGUGUACAACUUGAGAUGCACGGUUGUACACUCGAGUUGUGCCCGAAUCGUUGUACGUUACGCAACUGAAAAGGUGAGGAAUACAUAGUGUAAAUGGAGGACGAAUUAGGCAUAGCAAAGAAACCAGGAUCUGUAUGCCAAGUUCUGUCUGCAGAGUACAUGUCCCUCCUGCGGUUCCAUGCA